GAUCCAUAGUGUGUUUCUACUAAGAGGCAUCUGUGCUGUGGCUGAGUGAACAACCCCAGUACCUCCGUCCCGCUGUCUGGACCUUGUCAACGAACGACAACCCCAGUACCUCCGUCCCGCUGUCUGGACCUUGUCAACGAACGACAGUGCAGGAGGAAUGCAUUACAGGACUACCAGAGGAGUGAUGGCGUGAGAUUGGUCCAACUGCCUGACUCUGCCCUCCAUACCAAAAGCAGGAAGUUGAGCAUUGUGAAGUGUGCCCGUGGUUGCAGCCGCAACAAGAUACUGCUCUUCACUUGCAGAGCGUUCUUGUAUGAUCAGAAAAACAGGAAAUGCCAGUGGCUGUCGUUUGACAGGAACUCACCAGGAGUCCAAAGCCAACACGACUUCAACUACCAACUCUACCAGAAGAAAGCYUAUGUGCAGGAGUGCAUAGUGGGGACAGGAGUGAACUACAGAGGGAGAAGGUCUGUAACGGCCAGUGGAAUCAGGUGCCAAGCCUGGGCCUCUCCUUUCCCUCAUGAACACAAUUUCCUACCGAGGAGGAACAGGAAGAAGGAGCUGACAAACAACUACUGUCGUAACCCUGACAACGCUAUUUCAGGACCAUGGUGCUUCACUACAGACCCCAACAUCAGACACCAGGACUGUGGAGUACCUGAGUGCUUACAAGUGGAGUGUUUGAGCUGUAAUGGGGAAAGUUACAGAGGUCCCAUGGAUCACACCGAGACGGGACGGGAGUGUCAACGCUGGGACCUAGAGGAACCACACAAACACCUCUUCCACCCAAGAGGUAACACACACACGUAUCCUGAUAAAGGCCUAGAUGACAACUAUUGUAGGAACCCAGAUGGACGUCAACGACCGUGGUGUUUCACCCUGGAUGCACACACAUCCUGGGAGUACUGCAACAUCACAGCCUGCCCCUCAGACAGUGUGGGAGAGGUAGAUGUGACUACUAGGUGUUUCUGGGGUCGAGGUGAGGGCUACAGAGGGACAGUAGCAGUAACACCCAGUGGGGUGACCUGUCAACGCUGGGACUCACAGUACCCCCACAACCACACAUACAUACCCCAGGACUAUCGCUGCAAAGACCUGAGGGAGAACUACUGCAGGAACCCUGACGGCCUUGACCUCCCAUGGUGCUUCACUUCAGACCCUGACGUUCGCAAGGCAUUCUGCACCAACAUCCCCCGCUGUGGCACACAGAAUACUGAACCCCAUGACUGCUACGAGGGCAAUGGAGAGAGCUACAGAGGAGAGGUGUCAAGGACCAGGUCAGGUCUUCCCUGUUCCCUCUGGAGAGACCACAGUUGGGACAGAGAUGCAGCGGUGCUGACUGUGGGACAGGAGGGGAGUUUCUGUAGGAACCCAGACAGAGACACAUACGGCCCCUGGUGUUACACUAACAGCACUGCUAUACCCUGGGACUACUGCAGCGUCAAACCAUGUGAACCAUCAGAGAACACCAUUCCACAGAGAGUGGAGGUGUCCAAGGUGUCAUGUUUCAUCCAUAAGACGACCAGGAUAGUAGGAGGAGCUCCAAUUGCCAUUACAGAUGGAAGCUGGAUGGUCAGCAUACAGAAAGGGUCCAGUCACUGGUGUGGAGGUUCUCUUAUACGGGAGGAAUGGGUUCUCACUGACAGACAGUGUUUCUCCUCAUGUGUUCCAGACCUGAGUGAGUACCGUGUUUGGUUGGGUGUGUCAGACCUCCGUGGCUCGGCUCCUAACGGCACCUUCAAACAGGAAGUCUCCAUCUCCCAUGUGGUCUGUGGUCCUGAGGGCUCCAACCUGGCCCUCAUACGGCUGGCCAAGCCUGCCCUCCCUGCAGACAGUGUUCACACCAUUCAGCUGCCGGUGGCUGGGUGCUCUAUUGCUGAGGGUACGAUGUGUAGCAUGUAUGGAUGGGGUGAAACCAAAGGGACGGGUCAUGAGGGUGUACUGAAGGUGGUCCAUCUACCCAUGGUCAGUAAUGAGAGGUGUAGAGAACAACACAGAGGGAACCUCCACAUCACAGACACCAAGAUCUGCGCUGGGGGGAGGAGGGACGAGGGGGUUUGUGAGAGGGACUAUGGCGGCCCCUUGGUGUGCCAGGAAGGAGAGAGCAGGGUCAUAGUGGGGGUCAGUGUCCAUGGCAGAGGCUGUGCCCGUGCCAAUCGGCCUGGCAUCUUCAUCAACGUCCCCUUCUACACCCAGUGGAUCCACAAGGUGUUCCGACACUACCCCGAACCUCAGAUCAACUAGGCACUACCCUCAGAUCAACUAGGCACGACCCUCAGAUCAACUAGCCACGA